AUGGGGCGGUGGUUCCCUAUAGCGCUCAUUGCGCUUUUUGCGAAAACCACAACUUGUUGGCCAUACGAUCCGUCCUUGGUUCAGUAUAAUUUAAACGAAAACCAAACAGCUACAAAUCCAGCUGAUUAUUGGGGAGAAUGGCCAGAUCAUACUGGCGAAUAUUUUCCUUCUCCCGACAACUGGCGAUUCCCAUUCUACACUAUCUUCUUGGAUAGAUUCGUCAACGGCGACCCUACAAAUGACAACAUCAACGGAACAUUAUUUGAACAUGAUCUGGAUUCCAACCAGAUGCGUCACGGUGGUGAUGUAGCUGGUCUGGUCGAUACAUUGGAUUAUUUACAAGGAAUGGGCAUCAAGGGACUUUACCUUGCUGGAACUUCCUUAAUGAAUCAGCCCUGGGGAUUUGAUGGAUACUCAGCUCUCGAUACAACCCUCCUGGACCAACAUUAUGGAACAAUUCAGGUUUGGCGCGAUGCCAUUACUGAAAUACACAAGCGGGGGAUGUAUGUCCUUUUCGACAACACAAUUGCAACUAUGGGUGAUUUGAUCGGUUUCGACGGAUACAUGAAUACCACAGCUCCCUUCACCGUCAAAGAGCACCAAACAACGUGGAAAACCGACCGUCGAUAUGUCGAUUUCGAUAUCGGUCAAACAUACAAUGAGACCUGCGAUUACCCUCGGUUCUGGUACGAGAACGGAUAUCCAGUGAAUGAAAGUCUGAUUGCGGGCCUCGUCGGUUGUUAUGACAGCGACUUUGACCAGUAUGGUGAUGUCGAGGCUUUCGGUGUGUUCCCAGAUUGGCAACGUGAAUUGGCCAAGUUCGCCUCCGUGCAGGAUCGUCUACGUGAAUGGUACUCGCCUGUGCGCGAACGAUUGAUCCGCCAUUCCUGCAUGAUCAUCGCAUCCUUGGAUAUUGAUGGUUUCCGAUAUGAUAAAGCCACUCAGUCUACCGUUGACGCGCUGGGUGAUAUGUCUUCCGCCUAUCGAGCGUGCGCACGCGCUGUUGGAAAGGAGAACUUCUUUAUCGCUGGUGAGAUCACGGGUGGUAACACCUUUGGUGCUGUCUACGUCGGACGUGGCAGACAGCCUGAUCAGAUCUCCCCGAGCCCGACCGACGCCAUGGCAAUGAGCAAUAAAACUGCGUCGCAGUACUUCUUGCGAGAGCUGGGCCAUGAAGCCAUUGACGGUGCAGCCUUUCACUAUUCGACAUAUCGUGCUCUGACCAGAUUCCUGGGUAUGGACGGAUCGCUUUCCGCGGGUUACGAUACGGCAGUGAACUUUGUUGAUGCAUGGAACUGGACAUUGCAGACAAAUGAUAUGGUGAAUGCCAACACAGGAAAAUUUGAUCCUCGCCAUAUGUUUGGUGCUACCAAUCAAGAUGUGUUCCGCUGGCCUGCGAUCGAAUAUGGUGUUGAAAGGCAGCUUCUGGGCUCCUUUAUCACUACUUUGCUUAUCCCUGGUAUCCCACUUAUGCUCUGGGGUGAGGAGCAAGCUUUCUAUAUCUUGGAUGCGACUGCAGAGAAUUAUAUCUAUGGAAGACAGUCUAUCUCUCCUGCAAAUGCCUGGAGAACGCACGGUUGCUUUGCGUUGAAUUCAUCGCAAUACUAUCAUUGGCCCAUUGAUGCUGGUCGUGACGGUUGCAACGAUGAGACCGUUGCCUACGAUCACCGUGACCCGACCCACCCAGUUCGCAAUAUUAUGAAGCAUAUGUAUCAGAUGCGUGAACUUUUCCCUGUCCUCAACGACGGUUAUCUGCUUAGAGACCUGUCGAAUAGCACAGAGGAGAUAUUCUACCCUGGUUCUGGUACCACACCCACGGAAACAGGAAUGUGGUCAGUCGCCCGGCUUAUCAACCCCGAUGUACAGGAUCUAGACAACAACCAGAUGAUCUGGCUAGUCUAUCAAAAUGUCAACCGAACCAUGGACUACGAGUUUGAUUGCAGUGAUUAUGAAACGUCUUUGCUUGCUCCAUUCCCCACUGGAACUCGGGUCAAGAAUCUCUUCUAUCCCCACGAUGAAUUUACACUGGAGAAAGGACCAGUCAAGCUUUACAUCAACGGAUCAGACGAGCAAAACGGUUGUUAUCCUAACAUCACAUUGGCUGCAUACGAGUUUCGUGCAUAUGUUCCCAUCGAUAGCUUCGCAACGCCUCGGCCUAUGGUCACCAAGUUCUCUCCCGGACACGACUAUCCUCUCCACUCAACGGUGGCACCCAAUCUUUCGGAGGAUGUGAAGAUCGAGCUCUACUUUUCCGAGGAGAUGAAUUGUACUUCUGUGACAGAGAGUCUCUCAUUCAAUUCGUCCACAGAGUUCGACAAGGAGCCCACGCUUGACACAAGUACCGUUCAUUGUACGACUAUCGAUCCCACCUACUCCACCGAAAACACGACGACCGGACAGAUUCCUAGUACAUUUAUGUGGUCGGCGAAUAUCACUGGUGUUUACAACGGAGUUCACCGAUUGAAUUUCAACAACAUCUCCAAUUCCAACGGCACCGCGUUUACCGAUGCGGUUGACCACUUCCUCUUCCGAAUUGGGCAAAUCGAUAACCCUAUGAUCUUCAGCUCCGCCAACUACUCCAUUAGUUUGCUGCACCAAGAGACUACCAAUGACACUCUCUUCAUCCAGCAUCACGCUGCCGGUGCUGACAAGUACCGGUACUCGACCAACUGGGGAUCAAGUUUCUCUGACUGGAAGACAUACGCCGGUGGAAACGACACAAUCGAGCGCCUUCCGUGGUCAGGCACUAAAAAGCAGGCCUGGGACGGUGACCACGUCCGUGUUGAGUACUGGAGUCGUUUGACCGGCAGCAGCGACUACGUGCAAGAAGGUGAUGCAAACUGGGGAUCUACUCCACGUCGUUAUCCCCAUGUCUUCUUCAACGGCCCGUACAACGAAUACGGAUAUGACGGUGGCCUGGACAAUGUCGUGCACCUGGACGAGGUAGACGGGCACUGGAAAUAUCAUUUCACGUCGGAAUGGCCCGCGGUUGGACAGCUCAACAUUUGGGGCAUCAAUCCUGACGGACAGCCGGAUCAAUCCUGGGUUCUGGGUGAUGUUGACUACGACAAUGUCUUGGAUCGUAUGCCGCCAUCUUCUCUCUCGGCUACGUUGAUUAAUAUCACCGACGCUCCUGACAAGGGAUACUUAUCCUGGAAAAUCCUGAUCAACGACGGUACUCAGCGCUACCAAUUGGUCGCGGUCGGAGCUCAAUCGAUCCAGAUCAUCAUGUUUGUGCUUUUCUGGAUUCUGCCUAUUUUGACCAGCUGUGGAUGUGUCUACAUCUUCAUGAAGUCCUUCUACAAAGUCAAGUUCAACCAAGUUGGUAUCAGCGAGAAGCGAAGCCUGGCCCCGAUGGUACUGUUAAAGAAGUUCAAGCCAUUCAACAACUUGAUGGGAGAUUCUGGCACCAAACUCUUCGGUCUGGGUGGUUCCAAGUCGGCCUUCAUGCAAAGCACCACUGCGCUGGGAGCUGCGGGUGCAUCGGAAAAGCGCCGCAUGGUGCUCAUUGCCACUAUGGAGUAUGAUAUUGAGGACUGGGCUAUCAAGAUCAAAAUUGGUGGCCUUGGUGUCAUGGCCCAGCUGAUGGGUAAAACCCUCGGACAUCAAGAUCUUAUCUGGGUAGUUCCUUGUGUCGGCGGUGUCGACUAUCCGGUCGAUCAAGUCGCAGAGCCUAUGACUGUCACUAUCUUGGGUAGUGCGUACCAGGUUCAGGUGCAGUACCACGUCUUGAAAAACAUCACCUACGUGUUGCUUGACGCUCCUGUCUUCCGCCAGCAGUCAAAGUCUGAGCCAUACCCUGCUCGCAUGGAUGACUUGGACAGUGCGGUUUACUAUUCAGCUUGGAACCAGUGUAUUGCGGAAGCGAUCAAACGAUUCCCAAUUGAUCUAUACCAUAUUAAUGACUACCAUGGAUCGGUUGCUCCUCUCUAUCUUCUCCCUGAGACCAUUCCUGCUUGUCUUUCUCUUCACAACGCCGAGUUCCAAGGUCUCUGGCCUAUGCGCACUGUCAAAGAGAGAAAGGAAGUCUGCUCGGUCUUCAAUCUCGAUGAGGAUGUCGCGCGCCGUUAUGUCCAAUUCGGAGAGGUUUUCAACUUGCUUCACGCUGGAGCAAGCUAUCUUCGCGUCCAGCAACAAGGUUUCGGUGCAGUCGGUGUGUCAAAGAAAUACGGCAAGCGAUCAUAUGCUCGUUACCCUAUUUUCUGGGGUUUGCGAAAGAUUGGUAACUUGCCUAACCCCGACCCUUCGGAUAUUGGAGAGUGGACAAAGCAGCCGACCAAGGAGGAAGAUAUCACCGUCGAUGCUCAGUACGAAGCAGGCCGUGGUGAGCUAAAGCGACAAGCUCAGGAGUGGGCUGGUUUGGAUCAAAACCCCGACGCCGAUCUUCUCGUUUUCGUCGGCCGUUGGUCCAUGCAAAAGGGUGUUGAUCUCAUCGCCGACGCCAUGCCCGCUGUACUUGAAGCUCGCUCCAACGUGCAGGUUAUCUGUAUCGGUCCUGUGAUUGACCUUUACGGAAAAUUCGCUGCGCUGAAGCUCGCUCGCAUGAUGGAAGUCUAUCCCGGUCGAGUAUUUUCGAAGCCGGAAUUUACUGCUCUCCCGCCUUUUAUCUUCUCUGGUGCUGAAUUUGCCCUCAUCCCGUCUCGUGAUGAGCCUUUCGGACUUGUCGCCGUCGAGUUUGGCCGUAAAGGCGCACUGGGUAUUGGAGCGCGUGUCGGUGGUCUGGGUCAAAUGCCAGGCUGGUGGUAUAAUGUGGAAUCAACAUCUACAUCUCAUCUUCUGGUCCAGUUCAAAUUGGCUAUCGAUGCUGCGCUCAGCUCAAAGACUGAUACGCGGGCUAUGAUGCGUGCGAGGUCUGCGAAGCAGCGUUUCCCUGUUGCUCAGUGGGUGGAGGAUCUCGAGAUCCUGCAAUCUACGGCGAUUCAAGUGCACAACAAAGAGAGCUCCAAGGGUCAUCAUCAAAGUCGCAUUCAUACUCCGAGGGAUAGUAGCUUGAGAUCUCCGAGCGAGGCACUCAGCCCGCUGCCUUCGCCAGGAAUGCACUCCGCGUUCCCGCAUUCCAGAGACAGCAGCUACUCUAGCUUCAACCAGGUCACUGAUCUCGGCUCGAACAGCGCCCGCAAUAUCUACAGUCGAGAUGCUGGCCCGGAGACUGAAAAGCCAAAGUCUGGUCUGAGCCGAUCUCUUUCUCUAGGUGUGCGUUCGGGCCCUGGCCAUGCUGGAAAUCGUGCCCGUCGCGGUCAAACUGCCGAGGGUUCACAAGACACUGACAGCGAGGUUGAUGCUAUUGCCGAAGAGAGCGACGAUGAUAGCAAUGAGGAGUACACCCUUACUCCUGCCCAGGUUGAGGAAAGCAGACAUGUACACGCUUUCCAGCGACACGAUAUUCCGAUGCACCGACGUGUCCCUAGUCACGAGUCGGUUCAUGCUAGAUACAUGUCCCCUCUCACCAGUCCUGGUACACCUCCGGCCUCUGAUCAGCUUCUUCUUCCCCCUCGUACCUUGGCAGAGAGCAACAGAUUGAGCAGCGCAUCUGUUCUAUCACUCGACUCAGUGGUCGGCAACAAGAAAGACUUCAAAUUGCAAAAGGUCGAUCCGUUCUUCACAGAUGGAAAUGGCGAAUACUACCACACCUUCCAGCAGAAGCUGGCUGACCUGAACGGUUCCAACUCCGAAGGUCCACUCUGUAUCGAAGAGUUCCUGAUCAAGAGUGAACAAGAAUGGUUCGACAAAUUCCGCAACGCCAAACUGGGCCGUUACAGUCACAAGUCACCCACCCCAUCCAUCUUCCGGUCAAAGCACAACGACUCCCCAUCUCCCUCAUAUAACGAGGAACCCAUCAUUCACGUCGCUGAUAGCGAGAAUGGCGAUGAAUGGGACGACGAAUUCCUCCUCGGAAAGGACUAUGUCCCUCCUACUGGACUGAGAAAGUGGAUGCAGAUCAAGAUUGGCGAUUGGCCAGUGUACUCAAUUUUCCUUGCCCUAGGCCAGAUUAUCGCCGCAAACUCAUACCAGAUCACCUUACUCACAGGCGAGGUCGGUGAGACGGCCGAUAAGCUCUAUGGUAUCGCAACUACAUACGCUAUUACCUCGAUAUGCUGGUGGCUGGUCUACCGGUAUUUCAAAUCCGUCGUCUGUCUCUCCACACCGUGGUUCUUCUAUGGUCUUGCUUUCUUGUUGAUCGGCUCCGCUCACUGGGAGCCUCACUCGUUUAACCGAGGAUGGAUUCAAAACAUUGGAAGCGGAUGCUACGCCGCAGCUUCUUCCAGUGGGUCUAUCUUCUUUGCCUCUAACUUCGGUGACGAGGGUGGUGCACCUGUUGAAACAUGGAUCUUCCGUGCAUGUGUUAUUCAGGGUAUCCAGCAGGCAUACGUGAUUGCUCUGUGGUAUUGGGGAUCGACAUUGAGUAAAGCCUCCAGUGAAGGUCUCUUGACUGAUGUCAACACAAUCUCCAAUACCUGGAAGAUGACUGCCAUCUGCUACCCAAUCGCCUUCCUCCUAUUCGCUAUCGGCCUGCUCCUGAUUUUUGGACUGCCCGAUUACUACCGUCAGAAGCCAGGCAAGGUGCCCUCAUUCUACAAAUCUCUCUUCCGAAGGAAAAUCGUCCUUUGGAAUUUCGUAGCGGUCAUUCUACAAAACUUCUUCCUCAGCGCACCAUAUGGUCGCAACUGGAGCUUCCUCUGGAACUCCAUCCACACCAAACCAUGGGAGAUUGUCCUCCUCUGCAUCCUUUUCUUCGGAGGAGUCUGGUGCAUCUUCCUCUACAUCGUCAGCCGAUUCUCCAAGAAACACAGUUGGUUCCUUCCUGUCUUCGCAUGCGGUCUAGGCGCUCCCCGCUUCAUCCAAAUCUGGUGGGGUGUCUCCGGUAUUGGCUACUACCUUCCAUGGGUGGCAGGCGGAUACACCGGUGGAGCACUGGCAUCUCGCAGCAUCUGGCUGUGGCUGGGUGUUCUGGAUUCUAUCCAGGGUCUUGGUUUCGGUAUCAUCCUUUUGCAAACCUUGACUCGCGUGCAUAUGUGCUUCGCUCUCAUGGCGUCGCAGGUUAUCGGCUCUGCUGCAACAAUCUGCGCUAGAGCUUUCGGUCCGAAUGGCCUUGGCCCUGGUCCGAUUUCUCCAGACAUGACCCGGGGUGCCCAUGCGCUAGCAAAUGCUUGGUUCUGGGUCGCUUUGUUCUGUCAGCUUUUGAUUUGCGCGGGAUUCUUGCUCUUCUUCCGGAAAGAACAGCUAUCUAAACCCUAA